UUCUAAGCAUUUUGAUAUUGAUAUGGAUUGGGAAAGACGACGAAUCUACUAUUGAUUAUGGGUUAUCUUGCCGUUCUUCACGGGUGGGCGAAACAGACGCGUAUCUCGGCUGCACGGACUUGUAUUUGGACUACACCGAGCUCUCCACCCACACCCGGGAAUGACCGAGGAUCCAUCGUUGAGGCACUUGCCGAAAGUACCAGGUACUGCGAAGCUACCACUCCGGAGUCGAGCACAAACCUACCGGCAGCAAAUAUGCGUCUAAUCUCUGAAUUGUCCCCUGGCGAAGCCACUCCAUUUGUCGGGUUUGGCCGCGUACUCCCAGGAAAGUCUUACUGCAGAUAGCCUGGAGAGACU